UUUUUUCUUCUGUUUUGUAAACUAUUGUGAUGUGAUGGGCUAAAGCAGAACCAAUCUUUUCAUGCUCAGAAAUCAUCAAGAUGAUUAAAAUAAGCGCCUUAAAUGACGAGUCGGAGGACGAAAGCGGAUCUGAACUGGAGGUGACCAAGGAGGCGUUAGAGCAGAUCGCACUGCAGCAAUACUCUAAAGCUUUGGAUCUACAACGAAAAGGGAAUCUCAAGGAUGCUACGCAACUUCUGAAAGAUCUACUGGACACAGAACUGUUGUACGAUGUCCAAAAGCCAGCGCCCGGUGAGAAGGUCUCGGGACCUUUGUUUAAUUUGAAGUAUUUGUGUUACAAGAACCUUGCGGCUAUGAUGAGCUCUGCCGAUGACAUCGAAGGCGCUAUAGAGGCGUUCAUCGCCGCGUCGGACUUGGAUGACACCGACAUAACUCUUUGGCAUCGGCUGGGGAUGCUGUGUAUGCGAGGCAAGCGCUACGAAAUGGCUCUGCACGCGUUCCAGCGCGGCGCCGAACGAAACCCGCGCCACUGGCCCUGUCUCGACAAAAUAGUCACGCUGUUACUCGGCUUAGACUUCAAAGAGGAAUGCAUCUCCACCAUUUAUGAUACACUCCAACUUGAUCCUGGCUAUUUGAGAGGACUCGCUUACAGAAAACACAUUUUCACUGUGUAUCCAUACAUAAGAGAUUUCAUGGAGUACCUAAAUCCAAUUUAUAAGUGGAGUGAGAAAGAUGACGAACCAAUAGAUGAGGAUAAGUCUAAACAGUUGCUGAAGGAGGCAGAGGAGAUUCAUGAAACGUUUCUAGAGCAGCAAAGAGCAGAGCAGUUCAAGUAUGUGUUGCCUGAUUUGAAGUUGAGGAAGCCGAUUGCCAAUCUGACGUGGCUUUCAGUUGGGGAAUCUCUUGUGCACAUGCAUGAGUACAUGACAGAAAACUGUUACAGUCACGCUUGUCGUAUCGAACUUUUAUUUGAACAAGAGACGAAGGAAGAACCAAUGGAAGUAGUAGAGGAGGCUAAAGUCCAACAAGAGAAGUCAGAGUCAGAAGAAAACAUAAAACCAGAGGAGUCAAACACAGAUGCAAAUUCCACUGAAAAUAAAAAUACAAAAAGUGCACCCGAAUCUAAAAGUGCUGAAAAUGUGUCAGAGAGUGAAAACAAUGAGCUGUCAGAUAAAGAUAAAGCUGCAACUGAUACUGAAAAAGUUGAGAGUGAUGUGGAGAUGGUCCCGAGUGAACUGGCUUCAGAUGCUGCACCAGAGCCCAAAACAACUAAGAAAAACCCUGUACGUAGACGUGGCAGUGCACUCAGUUUUCUCCAGCAAUGGGAAUGGUGUUAUAAACGCAGAUCAGGCCGUAAAAAAGUCAAUCGUCAAGAUGAUGAAAACAUUUACGAUAUUUUGAGGAGCAUGGUUCCUGUGUGUUUGUCUCCAGAUAUUGUCCAAAAGAGAGAAAAUCAAGCUCAAAAUGAGACAAUAGAAACUGCAGAUUUGGAAAAGCUUUUUGAAGAAAAAGAGAGCCCAGAAAAAAAUACAGAAGAACUGUAUUUUGGAACAGAGUCAGAGCAGAAAGAUGUCAAGCAGUUUAUUGAUAAAUAUACAGAAAGUAAGAAAGACAUUAUUGAUAUAUUAAAAGACUAUUUAAGCAUACUAUCUGAUAAGUGGAAGUUGCUGUGGCCAGAAGGAUUAUCAAAGACAUUUAUUUCAGCAAACAAAUGCUAUGACAAUCAUAUUGAUGUACCAUCAUGCACUAAUGAUAAUCAUCCAGAACUGGUGCAUUAUGCCAAUGUCAAUGUGUUGGUAGAGGAAUUUACUGUCAAUGAGAAACUCCAGUCCAAUUCUGAUGACAAUAAUACACAUGACUUGAGUGUUAUAGAAACUAUAAGCAUUAUAAUUAAUAUGAAGCCACAUAUUUUUUCCAGUGACAAUUGUCUAGAACUAGUCCUGAGAACUCUCUGGGUGAAGCACCACAUUCAUAUACUGAACAAAUGCGAGGAAUUUGCAUUGGAUUGUAUGUAUCAGUUAGCUUAUGAGUUUGAAGCAAUGGGAGAACAUCAUGACACAUACAAUUUGAACUUGAUUAAUUUCACAUUCAAACCAAUGAUAAGUGAGGCUGAAAUAUUAGAUUCUAUCAAGUUUUUAGAAAGGAACAAAAAACUGUCAACUGUUAUGGAUUUGUAUGACAGAGGGAACUAUGAGGAAGUUCUAUCUAUAAUAACAGAUUCUUUUGAACAUUGUAAGAAUAUGGCAAAGAAACAAGAAGAAGAAAUGUCUUUAGAUUUUGCUGUUCAGUUGGCUCUGAUAUUGGACACUUAUUGGGCUCUCAACAAGGUGGACUGUUGCUUUAAGUGGGCCUUAAUCUGUCUGCAUGAGGCAUUAAAACACUAUUUUCGAUACACUACUGGUUCCUCAGAGUAUGAUAAAUGGACAACCACUGUUGUUAAAAUACUCUACUGCAUGGAUCACAUACUCACAACAGAGGGGUUAUCCUGUUUAGAAACAAUAUCACCGAAAGAAUUAAGCCAAGGUCUGGAAGACCUCAUAAGAGUAAUAGGGCAUCAAGUGGAAACUAAUGCUGCUGAGAUGCCAUUCGGAACUGUCAUUCCCUGGAUUAUAAUGCACUAUAUUUUACAAAGAGAGGAGGAUCAGGGUAGAGGCAGGACUCCUGGCGAUAAAGACAAAAUUGCGUGUGACGAAGUGCCAAACCCAUUGAUGGUGUUGUUCGUAGCACAUGAACAACUAGGAGGCAGAGGCUGGUGUUGUAAUUCUGAAGGGAAACUUCUCUACUUCAUCCUUGAUACGGUCGUGCCGAGGCUGCGAUCGCCCCUGUUGGCCAAAUCAUUGGAACAAGUUUGCCAGUACAUGGAGCAAUGUGUGUACUGUCUGUAUGGCCACCCUGGAAGGAAGAACAAGUUGAAAUAUCUUGUUGAUCAUAAUGUAACAGCACAUACUUUGGAUUGGCCAAGAGCGCAACAGAUAUACGAAAUUUUUAGACCUAUCACAAUGCCUCUUUUAGAAGGGAAGGUGACACCGAUUACAGUAGAUAUAGAACAAUUGUUCCUUCGCAUUUUGGCGCUGUUGCCAUCUGAGUGCGACCCACAAAAGUAUGUCCCUGAAAUAGAAAAAUAUAUUAAGGGCAUUGAAGAGAAGCUACCCACUAUUCCACCUCUUCUGCCAUACAAAAUGAAAGAUAUCUAUUUCCUUCUUGGAGAUUUUUAUUUUAAGAAAGAAGAUACUAAACAGUCUGUUAAAUUCAAUAUGUUGGACGUUGUAGUAAAUAACGAUCGCUUGGAAUCGUGGGCCGAGAUAUCUUUGGCUAAGAGUAAUAAUGUAGAGAGAAUAUUGAACUCUUGCAAGAAUCUUAACAAUGAAAGGGACUUUCUCAAUCCUGCAAAGUGUAUUAUCAGAUGCUACAAGCGCGCGUUGGAAAUCAAACCUUCACACUGCAACAUGUGGAUUGAGUAUGGCAUUUUCGUGUAUGCAGUUCACUCAUUCUGCUCGAGGUUGCUAAAGCAGGCCAGCGAGUCUUUGAGUAUGGAGAACUUUGAAUCUUUAGAAAAACAAAAAGAGGAAAUGCUUGACACUACGCGCAAAUGUUUCAUAACAGUAUUAGGGGAUUUAAAUAACAGCACCACUGAUGAUGAUUCUUGGCUUCCAUACUACAUAUUGGGUAAAGAAGCAGAAAAAAGAAACAAACAACCCUCAGUCUACAUGGAGUAUUACAUGCGAGGCGUCAAGAGCUUACAGGAAAUCGGAGCGACGUACCCGCUUAAAAUAAAUUACAGCUCACCAUCGCGUUUAUGCAUUGAGGUGUUGGAACUCCAUUAUAGGAUUCACGCUUCGAUUCUCAAGUAUAUCGAACAGCAUGAAAAUAAACCCAUUCCGAUAUCUGUAGGGAAAGUAUUCACAAGUUGCAUCGAAGCGUGGAAGAAAGGGCCUUUCUCGAAGAAACCUAAAAAAGAUGGCGUCGAAACAGAUACCGAGUCAAAACCUGCUGAAGCCGUGCAUGCGGCGAAUAUCCUCAAACGCUCAGUCAGCGACGCGGGCGAGGAGGAGACUCACGAAGCGAAAAGGCUUAAGUUGGAAUCGGCCGCCGCUAAAGUUAGGAGAUCUGCCUCGUACGACACCGAACGACUGUCACAAAAAGAAACAACGGUUAUCGCUUCUACAGAAGGAGCUACCGAAACUAAUAAAUCUGCCGAAGAAGUCGCUCCACCGUCUGAUACAGUAAUCGUUAAUGCUACAAAGGAAGAUUUGCCAAAUGCGUCAGAAGUCAAGCCGACAGAAGACGCAACAAAAGAAAGUACCGAAAAAGCCGUAGAGAAGAAAGACAGUGAUACAGAGAAAAAAGGCGAGAGUUCCAGCAGCACAUCGUCUUCAUCUUCGUCGGACUCUAGUUCCUCCGAUACGACAAGCAGCAGCAGCACCGAUUCGAGCAGCACCACCUCAAGUAAAUCCUCCAACGACGCCAAGUUUCUGACAGACGAAGAAAUCAUGAAAAUAGUAGGCGCCUGUCUAGACGCCCUAGAAGACUGCGCUAGUCGCUUCCCCCCACACUACAAAGCCAUUUACAGGCUCGCCCAUUACCACUUUUACUACAAAAAAGGGAAAGACAUAGAGAGGUGUCGGGACUUGAUGCUGUCAAACUUCACGUCCAGGGCGGGUCAGAAGUUGGCGGGGCUCUUCAGCGAGAAGAAACAUUCGAACUUCUUCAAUAACAUUUGGAAAAUACCGCACACCGAAGUCGACAGAGCAGGCAGCUUCGCGUUCCACAUGAGCCGCUCCGUGCAGCUAACCAUGGAGAUACUGAAAGAAAUAGAUGACCACAAAACUUUACUGGACCUCAGCGUGAAUCUGCAACGGACACCUGAACUCGACAAGAAAUACCUGCGCGACUCCGACAGGGAAGAAUUGGCUCAACAAGCUUUCUUGCUCUGCGUUCAGUCGCUGAAGGGCCAGGUGACGAAGUUCAGCCAGCAGGACGACUUGAGAAGCAACGACGUCGAGAAACAGGCGCUCAAGAGUUUGACCCUCGACAUCUACAGAGCGUACCAGCGCGUGCAGAAGCAGGCGAAUUCAAAGCAACUCACGAACCUGUUGAUCGAGGCCUACAAGCUGGUCUGCACGACGCCGAUCACGGAGAACAUGAAUCUGGUCGACCUGAGCAUGAAGUACUGCCAGGCGUUGAUCCAGGAGCGCAAGCAGCAGGCGACGCAGGCCAGCCUGGACAAGAGUCAGGCCCAGAAGAAGCAGGCGCCGAAGCCCGCGGAGGUCGCGAAGCCCGCCGUAAUUGUGACCACGAACCCGCCCAAAGUGGACCCCAAGCCGGCGGUACCAGCGUCCGCGUCAGGCCUGCCCAAGAUCUCGCCGCACGACAUAUCCGCCGCGUUCCAAAACUACCUGCCGAUGCUGAACGACCCGGUCAUGUCGCAGCAGGCGGCGGCCGCGCUGUCGCUCACGUACCUCAGCAACGCGCUGUCCGGCUACGGCUACCAGAACACGCUGCAGACAACUCUGCAGAACUCCUUCCAGGCGGAGUACUACCGCCAGCUGAUGGGCCUGUCGUCCUUCGGGAUGCCGCCGCAGAAGAAGCAGAAGCGCGGGCCGAAGCCCGGCGCGCCCCGAGCGGCGGCGCCGAGCAAGGCCAAGUCCUUCGCGGGCUCGGCGGCGCCGCCCGUGGCCAAAGUGGCGCCUCAAGUGGCUAAAGUGGCGCCGCAAGUGGCUAAAGCCGCGCCGACGCCGGUAAUUACCAGUCUUCAAAAGGCCGCGUCGGCGACUUUGGCGCCGAGCAUGGGGACUGUGUUGCCGACUCUGCCGGCGUCGAUGACCGCGAAUUUAUCUUCUUUUGGAGCGUCUCACUCUGCGCAUAGCAGUGCCCCGGCGCACGCGCACUUACCCUCAUCGCUAACGAGCACGACGCUACACUCCAAGCCGCCGCUUCCUCACCAGCAGGUGAGCCCAGGCAAAACGCUGCAAGAGAAACUGGCAGAGCGGCAGAAGCAUACGAAAUCUUCUGCCCAGGAUAUAACAGCGUCCAUCAGCAAGCUUCCUUCGUCCCUGACCAUCACCAAGAUGUCGGUAUCGAAGCCGCCGGUGGUGCAAGGCAAGAAGCCCGAGGUCAAAAAGUCCUUGUCGUUCACUGAACCGCGCCCGAAACAGAUCUCUACUGACGAAGUUAUUGUACUCGACGACGAUGAUUAGAUUUAAAAUAAUCAAUUGUAUGUAAUAAUUAGGAGUGUCAAAUAUAAUCGAAAUUAAAAAU